ACAGAUACCAAGACAUGAAUUAUUCCCACAUUCAAAAUACAUAGCACUGUAUCUGAAUUUCCUCAGUAAUAUUACAGUUUCAAAUUAAUGGGUUCAGUGGUAAUUGAGGAGAUCUCACUGCGUGUUUUUCUCCUGAUCCUCCAGAUCAAGCAAAUACACUGAGACACGGGGCAAGGAAAUGGAUCCACCACCACAGAUUUCAUUCUCCUGGGCCUCUUCUCUGACUCCACACAUCCUGGCUUCCUCAUGGCCAUUGUCCUUCUGAUUCUCUUGGUCGCCACCACUGGGAACUCCACCCUGGCCCUGCUGAUCUGGGGUGACGUUCACCUCCACACCCCCAUGCACCUCCUGCUCAGCCAGCUCUCCCUCAUGGACCUGACGCUCAUCUCCACCACCGUCCCCAAGAUGGCCACUGACUUCUCCUCAGGACACAGAGGCAUCUCUCGCAGCGGCUGUGGGGUCCAAGUCUUUCUUUACUUGACGCUAGGAGUGGCUGAGUGUGUUCUCCUGACUCUCAUGGACUUUGACCGCUACUUGGCCAUCUGUAGGCCCCUCAGAUACCAGAUCAUCAUGACCCCCCGAGUCUGUGUGCAAAUGGCUGCUGGGUCAUGGGCUGGGGGUGUUGUCAUCUCCCUAAUGCACACAGUUUAUGCCCUGCAUUUCUCUGUUUGUGGCUCCAGGAAAAUUCACCAUUUCUUCUGUGAGGUUAUGGCCCUUCUGAAGCUCUCUUGUGAGGACACCUCAGCCUAUGAGAAGGUGGUGUUGGUGUCUGGCAUUGUUUUCCUUCUCAUCCCUUUUGGGCUCAUCCUGACCUCCUACACCCUCAUCUUCCUUGCUGUCCUCCACAUGAACUCCCUGGAGGGCAAGAACAGAGCUCUAGGCACCUGCUCCUCCCACCUGUGUGUGGUGACCCUCUACUUUGGUCCGGCUAUGAUCAUCUACAUGACCCCAGGAUCCUCGCUCCCCUCAGAGGUGGACCAGUGUCUCUUUGUGUUUGAUGUUAUCAUCACCCCCAUGCUGAACCCCCUCAUCUACAGCCUGAGGAACAAGGAGGUGCUGGCUGCUUUGAGGAAAGUGCUGUGGAGAAGGCUAAUGUUUAAACAGUAAAGGAGAUGCCACUUUGCCUUAAAGUACUCAGAUUCUGCAUUGUUCUCCCACUUGAUACUGCUGCUAUUAUG